ACCAACAGCAACCUCCGUCGUACGUACUGCACUCGCUGUUGCUACUGUGAGGCGCAACAGCCCUAGUUCUUCCCUCCGUGUUGACAUGGAAGCAUCCAUGGAAUCGCCUGAAGCAACCGCUGAUACGUGUGACUGACCAGAGCUAAAACUCGUCUUUUUUUUAAAGAGACGUAGGAUUUUCCUGUCUUUUCUCUGCUACACGGAAAAAUCUGUCCGUCCUCGUUUUCGGCGCGUGUCCGAUAUAUUUCAACUUUCAACGCGUUUCUGGGCUGGCGUACUUAUACAAGGAAGGGUCUUCGACUCACGCGUUUUGCGCUUCCCUCCGUCAGGAGCCUCUCUUUCGCGAUAGACGCAGGAUGCGUUUGAGGAUGCAACCGUAGCCGUGCAUUUUAGGGUUCCAGCGUCCUGGAUGCAGUUGUCGGCGUGGGUUUCAUCGUAGCCGUUCAUCUCGCGGUUCGCGUCGCGUCCCUUAAACAGCCGUACGCCCCGCAGCCACGUCCUGCGGGGCCAUGGACCUUCGAAACUUCUGUCGCAGCUCCUCUCUGACAGUUCUUCUGAUAAGUUUACUAUUAUGCGGGUCGUUAGUGCGCGCCGAUAGCUUACCCGACAGCAGAGCGUCCGUGAGAGACUCGAGAUCGUUGCUAUCCAGAUUCAGACACAGAUUCGGACAUAGAUUCGGACAUCUGUUGGCCUUCUGGAAUGACACGUCAGCAGCUGCAGGUGGUGCAGGUGGUGCAGUUGGUGCAGGUGGUGCCGGUGGUGCCGGUCAGGGGUCUGAUGGUGCCGGUCAGGGGUCUGGUGGUGCCGGUCAGGGGUCUGGUGGUGCAGGUCAGGGGUCUCGUGGUAUCCGGGAGGAGGCGGAACCAAUGAGCGGCCGACAUCUGCUCCGCGUUUUGGUCGCGACAUCGCAGCCGUCGAUUAGCUCAGCGGCUACGGCCUUCAAAACCGCCGCCAGAACCGCCUUGUCGGCCGCCGCCGCUAAAGCCGCUGCGUCGAAACUGAUUCUCAAGCCUGUCGCGAAAGCAGCGACCACGCCUGGCCCGAAGGCUGUUGGGUUCAAAACUACAACCACCGCUUCUAAAGCCAAGCCGUGCGACAAAGGAGAGAAGAAAUUCGACAGAGGAGGAGGGCGAGGAGGAAGAGGAGGGGGAGGAGGGAAAGAUAGCGGAAAAGGUUCCCCUUGCGACGCGCAUUCGAACCCUAAGAAAUGCAAGAGUUGGAAGGGGCGAGGGUGGCGGGAGUGGCGGCAGGGCUGGAACGACGAUGCCGGCGACGACGACGGGCCGUACGGCGACGACAACUACGACGAUGGCGACAGCAACGACUACGACUCGAACUCCACGUGGAGCCCGCGCCCCACGCCGUCCCCGCCGUCCGCGCCGUCUCCGCCGCCGCCGCCGGCGGAGGAGAUGGAGAGCGAGGACCGGUGGUGGGAGGGCGGGCGCGCGCACGUGAUGUGCCACGACCGGGAGUGCACGCGCAGCAAGUGGGCGGGAUACGUGCCGGAUGUUGUGGCGGAGAUCGGCGGGGGGAGCACGGGGAGCGCGGGAAGCGCGGGGAGCGCGGGUGGCGCGUGGGUGCCGGGGAUUGGGUCCGGCGGGCCGACGGAGGCUGUGCGACUAGGCGCGGGCGACAGUGCGACGACGACGACGGCCAUGUACGAGUCGACGACAACCCCGCCGAUUCCGCCGGAUGCCGUUGCGCUGGGGUUCCCCACGGGGCAGGCCAUGUUGAACGCAUCCUUGGGCGUCGUGGCUUCCUCGGCUUCCACCAGCGCUGCAGGCCUCACGAUCACCGUGUCAUAUGACAUCCUCAUUUUUCCAGUCAACACCACCAACGACACCAGUGCCACUGUCGGCACCACCACCCCGGGUGGCACCAGCAGCACUGGCAGCACCGGGACAGGCGGCACUGGCAGCACCAGCAGUGCCAGCAUUACUGGGGGCACUGACGGAACUGGCAGCAUCGGUAGCACCGGCAGCACUGGAAACACUGGCACUGGCGGCAUUAUCAGCAGCACUGGAAGCACCAGCUUUGGCAGCACUGACAGCACUGGCAGCACUGGCAGCGUGGGCAGCACCGGCACCACCAGCACUGGAAGCACCAGCUUUGGCAGCACUGACAGCACUGGCAGCAUGGGCAGCACCGGCACCACCAGCACUGGAGGCACCACUAGCACUGGCAGCACUGGCAGCACUGGUGGCACAACCGACACCAGCAGCAGCAGCAGCAGUACUGGUUCGGGUUCAAGUUCGAGUUCAGGUUCAGGCUUAGGUUCGCCUUCCGCCUCUCCUGAUCCAUCAUCAGUAUCAACCCAAUCGUCCUUGUUCGCCACAGCAGCUGUUUCUGACAGCACUGCUGCCACGUCAGCAAGUGCCAGAGCCAUAACAUCUGCACAGGUCCGGCAAAUACCCCGGCCCCUGUCCCCCUCGCGAUGGUUCCUAACGGGUCCCGAUGCCCGGGCUGCUGCCGCUGCCACUUCAACUGCCACGUCAGUGACAGCAUCAAAGUUUGUGGCGGCAGCAACAGGGGGGGGGACCAAUGGCGGCCUGCCAACUGGCACUCCGCAGUGCAGUGAGGGGCCGUAUGUGAGCGCUGCACUGAUUCCCCUGGGCAAGUGUCAAGUCAAGGCCACUCGUGCUUCUAAAGUUGUCAAGAUAAACAAGGCACGGUAUGCCAAGCUGUCAUAUGGUGAGCCCUCUGCUUCCGGCGGAUCAUCCAAUGUUAUCUAUGUUGGCUGCCAGAGAAAAUACACCUUCCAAGUUCCUAAUUUCAAAGGGCAGGUGCGCCAAGGCCCAGUCACACUGCGCGUUUGCCAGGCUGGCACGGCGAAAGCCUCCACUUGUGGACCUGUUACUAUGACAUCAGCAGUACCUUACUGCGCUUAGCAAAUACAAAAUGUUUUGCUUCCAAGCAUAUGCUUGAUGUAUCAUAUUGCUUUAUUGUUUGAUGCAAUACUUGCUGCAAAUGCGCAAGGGUUUUGCGUCACGCAAUCGUUUUGGACGAGUGAGGUGUGAGAGAGUAUUAGGUAAUCCGGUAAAUCGUUUUGGACGAGUGAGGUGCUGUUCAGG